GGAGGAUUAUGAUUUAAAGAUCUACGUCUGGAGGAAAUUGAAAAGUCGUUUUGUAAACACAUUUCUUGCAAAUACUACCCGCGAGUUCGUACUGAGCAUCCACAAUGCCGUCCCUUGUCGAUACCAAUGAUAGCACGAUAACUGUCAGACCCAAGAAACAGCCACAGCCCUCAGCGCAAUUCCAGAGCGUCUUCCGGCUCAAGCAACCGCUCAAACAUAACACAGUAGCACGCACGCAAAAUAGCAGUUUCCAGCUUGCGCAGUCAUCUUUGUCGUCCUUUCAAGAUGGGCAGGCGCAGCAGUAUGGUUUCCAUUCGCGACGAAGCCACCGGAAAUCACGACUCGGAUGCGGGAAUUGUAAGAAAAGGAGGGUUAAGGUAUGAUUACAUUCUAUACGUAUAUCUUUUGUUGCGAGUUUAGGGUUAAUGGUUGGUAUGUGUAGUGUGACGAGACAAAACCAGAGUGUACGCGCUGUUUUAAAUACGGGGUUACGUGCGACUUCUCGUCGGAUAGCUCCAGUCACAAUUCCAACUCGAGUUCCGACUCCGAUGGCAACUCGCCUUCUGAUUUUGAGUUGGUGCUGGGGUUGACUGAGAGCUCACCAGAUAUGGCAGCGAGCAGUAUGUCGUUAGCUGUGGUUGAGCGGAAUAUCGCGCAUAUUGUUGGGUUGGAUCAUGAUCGAUGGAGCUGUAGUGAGAGAAUGGUUCGGUUAGGUUUGGGCGAUGGGUCGUCGCAGCUGGUUAAUUUAAGUGUGCUGUAUAAUUUCAUUAUGAGUACUGAGACGAUUCCGGAUGAGAAGAUGAAAAAGGUUAUAAAGACGGGGUUAAUCCAGACUGCUUUUGGG